AUGGCGACACAGUGCGCCGCAGCAGUCAGAAGAGAGCUUUGGGAGCAUUGCGGCACCGCCGUGAGGCCGGCGGGCAUCGCGGGCACCGCAAUUCCGUGCGCCAUCGACCAUUCUCCGCAACCCGCGCUCAGGCCGUCGACAGACACUCUAAGUGACGCCCUUCUCGCCGGCGACCGUUUGCUGCCGUUCGCGACGGCGCCGCUGGAGGCGGAAUACGCGGUGGCGCAGGAGGAGAUGGGGCGCGGGGAGUUCGGCGUGGUGCGCGCGUGCAUGGCGCGCCGCAGCGGGCAGCUGCUGGCGUGCAAGUCGGUGGAGAAGGCGCGCCUGUGCGGGGAGCGGCGCGGUGAUCUCGAGAUGGAGCUGCUAUGCAUGGCGGCGCUGCCGCCGCACCCGCACGUCGUGCGCCUCGCGAGCGUGCACGAGGACGCGCGGCGCGUGCACCUCGUCAUGGACCUCUGCGACGGCGGCGAUCUGUUCGACCUCGUCGCGCGCGCCGGCCGCCUGCCCGAGCGCUGCGCGGCGGCGGUGCUGGCGCAGGCGGCGAGCGCGGUGGCGUGGUGCCACGCGCACGGCGUGCUGCACCUGGACGUGAAGCCCGAGAACCUCCUCCUCGCGGGUCUCUCCGCCGCGCCGCUGCUCGCGGACGCGCGCAGCGCGGAGGCCGCGCUGGCGCACGUGAGCGUGAAGCUGGCGGACUUUGGGCAGGCAGUGGCGGUGGGCGCGGGGGGCAGGGCGCGCGGGCUGGCGGGAUCAUCACUGUACAUGGCGCCCGAGGUGGUGUGUGGGCGCGAGUACAACAGUGCGGCGGACAUGUGGAGUGUGGGCGUGGUGCUGUACGUGAUGCUGGCGGGGUACGUGCCCUUCUACGGCCCCGACCUGCCCCACGUCUUCCUCGCCAUCUGCCGCGGUCACCCCGACCUCACGGGCGAGGCGUGGGAGGGCGUGUCAGACGAGGCAAAGCAGCUGGUGCGCGCGCUGCUGUCUGUGGACCCCGCUGCUCGCCCCUCUGCCUGCGACCUGCUCUCCCACCCCUGGCUCACUGCCCACAUGCCGGCAGCGGCGUCCGCAGCCAAGGCGGCGAGGGAUGCGGCAAGUGCGGCUGUGGGGGACGUGCUGGCGCCCCUGGCGUGUGCCUCUUCCGCCUGUGCUUCCACCACCAUGCCUGCCUGCCCCUCCUUCCAUGCCGCAUCGCCAUCAUCUUCACUUCAGUCCACAGCUCACUUGAUUUCCUCCGCAGUGCAAGAAGCCUCUGAAUCAUGCUCCAUGGACAGCAAUUCACUGACAGCAGUGGGAGGCUGUAUGGCGCCUCACCUCAUGGACAGUGCAGGGAGCAGCGGUGCUGCAAGGAGGCCGAGAAGACGGCUGUAUCGGUCUAGAGUGCAGGUGGAGGCGCCGACGGGGCACUACGAGUGCAUCAAGCCGGAGGAGCAGGCGGCACGGGAGGGGCAGCAGAGGCAAGCGGGGCGCGAGGAAGGCAUGCGCGAGGCAACACACAAGUUACAGGCAUCACAUGGCACGGGCAAGCAACACCGUCAUGAGGCAGCCUCUGAGGCCUCUUUGACCGCCCAGCAGCACGCAGCCCAGCAGCAGGGCGCAGAGGCGGCACAGGAGGCACGGUCGGGGCUGACAGGCAUGCUGGCGGGCAUUCGUGAGAAGAUGGGACACGCUGGGGAGGCGCUGCUGGGGGGCCCGCACACGGCCACGGACGAGUCAGCGCAGGCUGCGAGGGAGGGUGCGUCCCACACCCGUGCCUCUGCAGGGGUGCCCGCUGGCAAGGGCUAUGAGCAGAGCAAGGAGGCACCAUACACGGCCUCUGAUGCGGCUGCCAGGGGGGCUGGCACUGCGGCAGGCGUGGCGAGGGGGGCUGGGGAGGAGGCAGGACGAGCAGCAAAGCAGGGCGCUGGGGCAGCUGCACGUGGGGCGGGGACGGUGGCGGGGACGGUGCAGGGGCUGGCGGAGGAGGGGGGGGCUGCAGGGAAGAGGGGCGUGGAGGGGGCAGCCAGGGGGGCAGGGACGGCUGCAGGGGUGGUGCAGGGCGCAGCAGAGGAGGCGGGGCACGCGGCGAGGGAGGGCAGCAAGGCUGCUGCCCGCGGGGCAGGGAGUGUGGCGGGUGUGGCGAGGGGUGUGGGCGAGGAGGCAGGCAAGGCGGCCAGGGAGGGUAGUCAGGCGGCAGCGAGGGGUGCGGGGACAGUGGCAGGGACAGUGCAGGCGUUGGGAGAGGAGGGCAAGGAGGUGGGAAAGCAGGCAGUGGGGAGUGCAGCGAGGGGGGCAGGCACUGUGGCGGGCACGGUGCAGGCACUGGGAGAGGAGGGCAGGGAGGUGGGCAAGCAGGCCAUAGGCAGUGCUGCAAGGGGCGUGGGGGCGGUGGGAGGGACGGCACAGGCCGUGGGGGAGAUGGCGAGCGAGGCAGCGAGUGAGGGGGUGAAGAUGGGCGCACGGGGGGCAUUGGGGGUAUAUGGGGCGGUGCAGGGCGCUGCUGAUGUGGGCAGCCAUGUGGCAAGCGAUGUGGGGCAGCAGGUGAAGCAAGGAGCGCAGGUGGCAGCAGAGGGAGCAGCGAGGGGGGUGGGCACGGCAGCGGGGGUGGUGCAGGGCGCGGGGGAGGCAGCAGGGCGCGCAGCAGUGGAGGGAAGGCGGGAGGUGGGGGAUGCAGUGGGGGCAGCGGGUGUGGGCACAGCAGAGGCAGCCAAGGGCGUGGUGGGGGGGGCAGCACAUGCGGUGGGCACAGCAGCGUCUGCAGUGGGCGGAGGGGCAUACGACACAGUGGAGGGAGUGGGGCAGGCCAUAGGCGGGCUGGGGCUGACUGUGGCGGGGGGCGUGCAGAGCGUGCUGGGGGGGGUGGCGGGGGCGGUGGGGGGUGGAGUGCAGUCGCUGGUGGACUCUGUCAGGGGCGCCCCCCAUGCCGUGGGGGAGGCGGUGCAGGGGCAUGCGCAGCAGGUGCGGGCAGAGGGGGGAAUUGGGGGAAUGGGAACUGAGGGGAAGGGGGCGGAGGAUGUGAUAUCGCGGCGGGUGGACGUGGUAGAGGCAAUGCGCAUGGGGGGGGAGGACAUUGCAGGCAUCGCUGGCGCUGCAGGUGUGCCGGCAGGGGACAUGGAGGGCGUGGAGGGGCCACGUGUGAUAGUGGUCACAGAGGACAAGGUGGUGCGUGAGUAG